AUAAAAAGUAAAAACUAUGGAAAAUCCAAAAAGAAGCCAAAAACCCAAGCGACAGGUACAAAUAAAGCAACCCUUUGAAGGUGGUCUCAAACUUUUGACCGGUAGUGUACAUUUUAAAUAAAUGCUGACACGAUGGGAAAUGAUGCCUUUAUCGUACAUAGACUAUUUUUCCCAUAAACUAUUUUUAAUUUUAUUAUUGUUAAACAAAUUUUUACCUUUCCCACAACCCAUAUUCCACCCAACUCCCUCAGCAGCGUGAGGCCACACGAGAUAUGAUUUUUAAUAAAAGUUCAAUGCUUUGCCUCACGAGCUGAUAUUUGAUAUUUAAUAUUUAUGUAGACUGACCACUUUUUAGUUUGCUUUUGCAAACCUUUGGUCACUCUAAUCACUUAUCUUAGUUAUUCCCAAGUGAACACUUGUGUAUUUAAUUUAUUUAAUAAAAAUAUUAUAUAUUACCAUAAUUAUUUUGUGUUUUAAAGAACUUUAUUUGUGUAAACGAUUAGCGGUACACGGAACAAUCAACUCUGCAUUUUGGAUUGAGCAAAUAAAUCUCUUAAAUCAUACAAAAAAAAUAAUAUAAAAGUCGAAUGGAAACACACAAAACUUUCAAAACCACAAUAAAGCGCAAGGCAAAAAGCAUGCGAUGAAAUGAGUGCGCACACACCGAACAAGUUAAACAAGAAAAAAGUGCCUGCUUUAGAGCAUUUUGAGCGAAACUUACAAUUGGUUUUAUUGUUUCAUUCAAUCGUUAUUAGUCGUUUUCUGUAAAGUGCGCCAGUGACAUCAUCAUAAUUAUGUGGGACGUUGAAAAAUUAUUAGUUUUAAUUGAAAAUCGGCCACCGAUAUAUAAUUUUAAAUUAAAGGAACAUAGCGAUAAAUGCAUAAUAGAUAAAUUGUGGAUGGAAAUUGCUAAGGAAAUGAAAACUACAGCUGAAUGCAAAACAAAAUAUACAACCCUACGCAAUUCAUAUGCAAGAUAUCUCAGAGAAAACCCCCCACCCGGGGUUUCUGCAGCGAAAAAGAGGAAAAAAACAUGGUACCUAUCGGCGGCUAUGUCUUUCUUAAAGGAUCAUAUGAUGGUUAACAGAAGGAGCCGAAACAGUAUUGAUGCGGAUACAAUAGACAAUAACAGCUGCAGUUCAUCCUCAUCAAUUCCUAGCACAGUGCCUGAGUUUGAAGAAAAGGGCAGAUCAAUUAACUGUACUCCUUAUCCCCGUUGCAGUAAGGGCGAACAAUUAAAACCUGCAGACAAACUAAUAGCAGAACCAAUGGCUGAAUAUUCAACGACAAGACUUGAUAAAAGCGGAACUGAGGAUCCAAAUCUAACAUUUUUCAAAAGUGUGUUACCUGAUUUGAAAAAAUUAUCUGCCCAAAGGCAACGCAAGGUCAAACAAGAUUUUCUAUUUAAUCUUAAUAAGCUCUUAGAUGAUCAAGAAAUGGAGUUUUCGGAAAUAAAAUAUUGUAUUGAUUAAUAACAUGCAUGUAUAGAUGUGUUUAUUUUUGUAAAACUGUUUUUUUUUUUAAUAAAUGAAGAUGAUAAAAAGGA